AUGAUAAGACUGAACCGGGGCCGAUCCACUCGCUCCCUCUAUCUGGUUCUGGCGUGCCUGUCCCUCGCUCUCCAUCUCCUUCUGGCGUUUUUUUGUCUCUCUGUCCUUCAGACAGCCUGCGUCCUUCCCACCUCCUCCACAUCCUCCAUUACACAAACAGACACUCGGCCUAUCUCCCACACCUCCUCUUCAUCAGGUGCCUCUUCCUCUCACAAACUACCCACAGUACCCCAGAAAGAAGGGCAUCACGAGGCUCCACACCCGAAAGACUCGUUCAAUGACGUCAACGAGAAGAAGCUCAUCUGGGCAGAAAAGCUGAUCCGAAAGGGCAAAGGUCAUUCUAAACUAGAGGCACUGUUCAAGCACCCGCUGUACAACCUGCCCCGCCCAGAGCUGCAAGAAGAUGAUUGGCUGCUAAGGGUGAAGACAAAUGAACAUGGAAAAGAGGAGGAGGAGGACAUCAUCAAUAAUGAAAGCGAGUGGGAGAGCGCCAGUCAGGAGGAAGGCUAUGAGAAAGUCAAUUGGACGAGCGACGUGGAAACCCACCCUCCUUGGCUCAGGUUCCACCUGGGCAUCUCUCGCUGGGAGCUAUACGACAGGAAGAAUCCCAACCUGGCCCAGCUGACACACUACCUGGCAACACAGCGUAUCCUCGGUGCUGUUCAGAAGACAGGAGGCACACAGCUCAAACUGCUCAUAUCAUUCCCAAACUAUGGACAAGCUCUGCUCAAACCCAUGAAACAAGCCAGAGAUGCAGAGACCAAUGUCAACCUUUUCUACUUCUCAGACUUUGAAAGACACAAUGCAGAGAUUGCUGCCUUUCACCUUGACAGAGUGCUCGGCUUUAACAGGAUCCCUCCAGUGGUUGGUCGACUCAUUAACGUCACCUCAGAGAUCAGAGAGAUCACCACUGACCACAAGCUGUCCAGAACAUUCUUCACUUCCCCUGCUGGAAACAUUUGCUUCUACGGCCAGUGUGAGUACUACUGUUCAACGGAGCACCCCAUCUGUGGUCAGCCACAUGCACUGGAGGUUUCCCUCGCUGCCAUGCUACCUGAUCUCGCCUUAGCACCUCGCAGGUCCUGGAGGUCACCUUGGAGACGCUCCUACAGCCGCACCAAGUUAGCAAAGUGGGAGAAAGACCCGGACUACUGUGACACAGUAAAACAGACACCUCCUUACAGCCAUGGCACCAGACUGGUGGAUCUCAUAGACAUGGCCAUACUGGACUUCCUCAUGAGCAACAUGGACAGACAUCACUAUGAGACAUUUGAGAAAUUUGGCAAUGAGACUUUUCUGCUACACUUGGAUAAUGGACGAGCGUUUGGGCGUCACUCUCAGGAUGAGCCGUCUAUUCUGGCUCCUUUGAAACAGUGUUGCAGGAUCCGUCACUCCACCCUCCUCCGCUUGCGUCUGUUGUCCUUCCAAGGCUUCCGUCUGAGUGAAAUCAUGCGCGAGUCUCUGCUCCAGGAUCCUCUAGCUGGCGUGGCCCCGCUCCUCUCUGAAGAACACCUCUCUGCUCUGGAUCGCCGCCUUGCUGCCAUCCUGCAGGUGGUGCAGACGUGUCAGAAGCAGCACACAGAUGUUAUUUACCACGACUUGGAAGGAAAUGAACAUGAAUACAAUCCCGGCCUGACUGAGGAAGGAAAAUAA